AGAGUUGAUUAUUGUUCCCAGUUUAAUCAAUAAUUAAAACAUAUUUUAUAACAUUAUGAAAUCAGAGACGUAUUCGAGUAUUUGGCGAUCCUAGGCCAUUAAUAUUUCCCCCAGCCUCGAAAACUAUUAUCGCAAUGUCAUGUAGGCUAUAGUGGGUGCUGGGGAAGGUAGAUUUAAAAAAACAACAAAAACAUAUAUAUAUAUAGGGGGUCGGGCACAUUUGGUACCGCCUCCCAAAAUACAAUUUGGCGCCCUAGAACUGGUCCUAGUUGGCCUGUGCACUAAUACACGGCUCUGUAUCAAAUGCUAUCUAGUUUGCCUUAUUAUUGCAUGGUCAUGCUUUAUAGAUUUGGUCCUCUACCUCUAAGUUUUGGAAUUUCGCCUUAGAACUCAAUAUCUUGCCUGAAAUUAAAAAACAAAUUCACCGUGUGUACAGUCACGCCAAAAUAUUUUUGUCCUGUACUCCCUAACCAAAAUGUUUGAAAUUUUAUCUGGGGGAGAGUAAAUAUUUAUGUUCGUGGCCACAUCAAAAUGGUUUUAAGUCUUUAAAAAAGUAAUUCUGAGAGUACUGCUAAAGCAAUACGUGUCCUCUACCGGGCCCAACAACCAAGAUCCAACUAGAUGUUAACAUUCUGAGAGUACUGCUAAAGCAAUACAUGUCCUCUACCGGCCCCAACAACCAAGAUCCAACUAGAUGUUAACAUUCUGAGAGUACUGCUAAAGCAAUACAUGUCCUCUACCGGCCCCAACAACCGAGAUCCAAAUAGAUGUUAACAAUAAUUCUGAGAGUACUGCUAAAGCAAUACAUGUCCUCUACCGGCCCCAACAACCAAGAUCCAACUAGAUGUUAACAUUCUGAGAGUACUGCUAAAGCAAUACAUGUCCUCUACCGGCCCCAACAACCGAGAUCCAAAUAGAUGUUAACAUUCUGAGAGUACUGCUAAAGCAAUACAUGUCCUCUACCGGCCCCAACAACCAAGAUCCAAAUAGAUGUUAACAAUAAUUCUGAGAGUUCUGCUAAAGCAAUACAUGUCCCCUACCACGCCCAACAACCAAGAUCCAAAUAGAUGUUAACAUUCUGAGAGUACUGCUAAAGCAAUACAUGUCCUCUACCGGCCCCAACAACCAAGAUCCAAAUAGAUGUUAACAUUCUGAGAGUACUGCUAAAGCAAUACAUGUCCCCUACCACGCCCAACAACCAAGAUCCAAAUAGAUGUUAACAUUCUGAGAGUACUGCUAAAACAUUACAUGUCCUCUACCUGGCCCAACAACAACCAAUAUCCAAAUAGAUGUUAACAUUCUGAGAGUACUGCUAAAACAUUACAUGUCCUCUACCGGCCCCAACAACCAAGAUCCAAAUAGAUGUUAACAAUAAUUCUGAGAGUACUACUAAAGCAAUACAUGUCCCGUUUCGGGUCAAGCAACCAAGAUCCAAAUAGAUUUUAAUAAUAAUCUGAGAGUACUACUAAAGCAAUACAUGUUCCCUACCUGGCCCAACAACCAAGACCCAAAUAGAUGUUAACAACAUUCUGAGAGUACUGCUAAAGCAAUACAUGUCCCCUACCACGCCCAACAACCUAGAUCCAAAUAGAUGUUAACAACAUUCUGAGAGUACUGCUAAAGCAAUACAUGUCCCCUACCAUGCCCAACAACCUAGAUCCAAAUAGAUGUUAACAACAUUCUGAGAGUACUGCUAAAGCAAUACAUGUCCCCUACCGGGCCCAACAACCAAGACCCAGAUAGAUGUUAACAACAUUCUGAGAGUACUGCUAAAGCAAUACAUGUCCCCUACCACGCCCAACAACCAAGAUCCAAAUAGAUGUUAACAACAUUCUGAGAGUACUGCUAAAGCAAUACAUGUCCCCUAUCGGGCCCAACAACCAAGACCCAGAUACAUGUAGAUGUAAAUAGAUGAAUGUUAUAAAAAAAAUACUACAGUUCAACACAGCAAGGGUUGUCCCAGGAAAUAUUUUAGGGACGGGACCAAGGGCAGAAGGGCACAUAAACCAAAACUCUGAAAAGGGCACUUGAGUGAAAAUUGUAAAUAAAUUGUUCAAAAGGGGCACAUUGUGUUUCAGGGGUAUGCCCUCCUAGUCUUCUUUCUUUGGACCCGAUCUUGCACGGUACGUUUUGAGGACCAUUUCCCUAUAGUAAUUAACCUUGUACCUUUUUGUUUCAUGAAAUGGUAGACAAAUAUAGAUUGAGAAAAUGGCAACAAUGUUAUAUAUUUCUACGCAUUGUAGGCGACGUUACAUACUUUCAUUAAUUUUGAAUCUUAGUGUUUUGUACAUGUAUGACAUUUGUAAAUUACUUCGCUAAUAUUACGGCGGAUAUAGAGUGGUUGCCUCGGAACACCCCUCCCCGUGCUACAUACGAUGAAAGAGACUGUGGUGUGAAAGUCUCACAUAAUGAUGGUGAUUAGACGGUGGACGCACCAGGGUGCGCAUGUAAUUAUGUCCACUGUUUUAUUAGCAGAGAUCACACAUAAAGAUGUUAUUGAUGAGAGAUACAGCACUGUGGUAGUAGAUGUUAAGUUGUCAUAUGAGGUUAAAAUCACACAUAAACAUGACAUUGAUGUAAGAUACAGUACUGUGGUAGUAGAUGUUAAGCUGUCAUAUGAGGUUACAAUCACACAUAAACAUGACUUUGGUCAGAUAGAGUACAACGGUAGACAUGAUUGUUACGUGAUGUUAAAGUCACACAUAAAUAUGACUUGUGAAAUACAGUACCGCGGUAGACAUGAUUGUCACGUGAGGUUAAAGUCACACAUAAAUAUGACUUGCGAAAUACAGUACAACGGUAGACAUCAUUGUCACGUGAGGUUAAAGUCACACAUAAAUACGACUUGUGAAAUGCAGUACCACGGUAGACAUGAUUGUCACGUGAGGUUAAAGUCACACAUAAAUAUGACACUUAUGAAAUACUGUAACCACGGUAGACAUGGUUGUCACCUGAGGUUAAAGUCACACAUAAAUAUGACUUGUGAAAUACAGUACCGCGGUAGACAUGAUUGUCACGUGAGGUUAAAGUCACACAUAAAUAUGACUUGCGAAAUACAGUACAACGGUAGACAUCAUUGUCACGUGAGGUUAAAGUCACACAUAAAUACGACUUGUGAAAUACAGUACCGCGGUAGACAUGAUUGUCACGUGAGGUUAAAGUCACACAUAAAUAUGACUUGUGAAAUACAGUACCGCGGUAGACAUGAUUGUCACGUGAGGUUAAAGUCACACAUAAAUAUGACUUGUGAAAUACAGUACCGCGGUAGACAUGAUUGUCACGUGAGGUUAAAAUCACACAUAAAUAUGACACUUAUGAAAUACUGUAACCACGGUAGACAUGGUUGUCACCUGAGGUUAAAGUCACUCAUAAAUAUGACUUGUGAAAUACAGUACCACGGUAGACAUGAUUGUCACGUGAGGUUAAAGUCACACAUAAAUAUGACACUUAUGAAAUACUGUAACCACGGUAGACAUGAUUGUCACGUGAUGUUAAAGUCACACAUAAAUAUGACUUGUGAAAUACAGUACCACGGUAGACAUGAUUGUCACGUGAGGUUAAAGUCACACAUAAAUAUGACACUUAUGAAAUACUGUAACCACGGUAGACAUGGUUGUUACGUGAGGUUAAAGUCACACAUAAAUAUGACUUGUGAAAUACAGUACCGCGGUAGACAUGAUUGUCACGUGAGGUUAAAGUCACACAUAAAUAUGACUUGUGAAAUACAGUACCGCGGUAGACAUGAUUGUCACGUGAGGUUAAAAUCACACAUAAAUAUGACACUUAUGAAAUACUGUAACCACGGUAGACAUGGUUGUCACCUGAGGUUAAAGUCACUCAUAAAUAUGACUUGUGAAAUACAGUACCACGGUAGACAUGAUUGUCACGUGAGGUUAAAGUCACACAUAAAUAUGACACUUAUGAAAUACUGUAACCACGGUAGACAUGAUUGUCACGUGAGGUUAAAGUCACACAUAAAUAUGACUUGUGAAAUACAGUACCACGGUAGACAUGAUUGUCACGUGAGGUUAAAGUCACACAUAAAUAUGACACUUAUGAAAUACUGUAACCACGGUAGACAUGGUUGUUACGUGAGGUUAAAGUCACACAUAAAUUUGACACUUAUGAAAUACUGUAACCACGGUAGACAUGGUUGUCACAUGAGGUUAAAGUCACACAUAAAUAUGACACUUAUGAAAUACUGUAACCACGGUAGACAUGGUUGUUACGUGAGGUUAAAGUCACACAUAAAUAUGACACUUAUGAAAUACAGUACCAUGGUAGACAUGGUUGUCACGUGAGGUUAAAAUCACACAUAAAUAUAACACUCGAAUGAGACGGAGAUCGAUCGAUCUUGAAACGAAAGCGCAGCAGGCGAGCGCUCUAUCACUGGGCUUUGUUCCGCUGAUGUUUUAUUAUAUACACGACCAUAUUAAUUAAGGGGCCAGUUAAUUGUUGGUAAUUAUUUGAUAAUAAUUACAAUAUUUUAGCAACUUUUGAUCACAGAUGACUUCUAAACUUUGGUUUAAUGAAAUUUAGUCCUUGAUACUAGCAAAAAGCUUACACACGUUCGUUUUUUCGAGCGUUUGAUUUUAUGAAAACUACUGGAAAAUGUGUAUUGGGCCAGGAUUGGUGUUAUUUAUAUAUACUCUCCCAAAAACGUUCUGUUACACCUGACUUCUACAUCAUUUAUUUCAGUUAAAUGUUACAUAUUUUAUUAUGAAGUGACAUUGUAUGAUUACUGAAAUAUCAAACUGUAGUCCACCCCAUUCUGGAUUUGAAGUGUGUAACGUCAUGUGAAUCAAUCAUGGGUUGUGAACACGUUCAGUAUCGGUUAUGUCCUCCUCGUGUUGCAAUCGCAGCUGCACAACGAUGAGGCAUGGAUGUAACAAGAUUUUGAAUUGUAUUUUGAGGAAUGUUCUGGGGAAUGGUUUGCCAUUCAUCUCGUAACGACAAGUACAGUUCCUGUAGUGUUUGUGGCAUAGGGAUCCUUUGGCGGACUCUGCAACCCAGGGCGUCUCAGGGAUGUUCAAUUGAGUAUAAAUCUGGCAAUGUAACAGAAAAAUCAACCUCCACUGAGUGGAUUUGAAUCACAGACUCUCAGUGCGAGAGUCCAGCGCUCUACCAACUGAGCUAAUAGGGAAAUUCCCACUAGCUACUGCCAAUAGGAGCACAUUAUCCAAACACUACUACAUGACAAGACACGGGCGUUGUUUUGCUGUUGAAAGUCUUUGGCAAACAUGUGAAAUGUGUGACCCGACAUUGUCGUGCUGAAAGAUAACACCAUUGACGUUAAUCAGUGGAACAACGUGAUCUGCAGUGUAUCGUCCCGGUAGAAGCUGAUAACGGUUUGGAGGGAAAUUCGUCUUAGUCCAACACUUUGGAUAACUGUGGAUAUCAUAUAUUCAAGUAGUUGGUGGUGUAGCAGAACUUGUUUGGGAGAGUAUAUAUACGAUAUAUAUAUAUAUAUAUAUAUAUAUAUAUAUAUAUAUAUAUAUAUAUAUAUAUAUAUAAUUAAAAAUGCCGAUAUUAUGUGCUGGUUGUUAAUUUUUUAAAUUAUAAUCCUUAACAAUAAAAUGUCCUUGUCUACGUUACUGAAAUUCAUAUUUUCAUCACCUGUUCUAAAUUAUAUCAUGCUUCUAGAUGCCAAGUACUUUCUUAGAUUGUCGUAUUCCAUGUAAAAAAAAACCCCAAUAAAACUUUUCCAUUCCUU